AUUGCAGCAGUGUUUAAAAAGAUGUAGUUUACUUGUUUACUCAGUAUACACAUCAAAUUAGAAGUGGAGAUUUUUUGUUCAGCAAAUGUGACCAAGCUAUGCUUAUGAAAACGUGAUAGUUUUAAAUUUCAGACCGGCACAACACCAGACGCUUCUGUCCGAUUUUCAGAGUGUAUCAUGGCGGCGCAGAUGGCGGUAAAUUCGGGAGCCAGUCUGUGGGGGCCGCUGAAGGAGCUGUGGGAGACAGUGGACGGGGCUGUGUUGAGGAGGCAACCAGAGAGCGUCCACCUCCUCGACCUGCAGCUGAAGAAACACAAACCGCACUUUCUGUCACUCUUUAAGAACCCGCCUAAGAGUGCAGAGCAGAGAGAGAAGGUGCGUAAAGCCAGCACAGAAGGCAUCGCCAUCCAAGGUCAGCAGGGAUCACGUCUCCUCCCAGAGCAGCUUCUCUCAGAGGCCUUCAUCCUCAGUGAUCUGUUUGAUAUUGGAGAGCUGGCAGCUUUGGAGCUUCUGUUGGCAGGUGAACACCAGCAGCCCCAUUUUCCAGGUCUGACACGAGGACUAGUGGCUGUGCUCCUCUACUGGGAUGGGAGGCUUUGUGUGGCCAACUCUCUGCGUACGCUAAUCCAGUCACGCCAUGGCAAGACCUUCACCCUGGAUCUGAGUGGAGAGCUGGUGGCUUUGACAACACGUUUUACAGAUGAACUGAUGAGCCAGGGUCUGACCAAACGCAUCCUAACCUUGGUGUCAGAGAUUAAUGUGACUCGUGAGUUUGAACGGCUGCAGAAGGAGCGGGGCCUGGGCAAUGAAAAGCACAGGAAGGAGGUUUCUGACCUCAUCAAAGAAUGCCGACAGGCCCUGGCAGACAGCCUGUUUUCAUGGACCUGCCAAUCACCUUUGACUGAAGAUGACACUCUCGCUCUCAUUGACCACCUGGAGACGGUGACAGCUCAAGCCGAUGGCUCAUUGGACAGUGUGAACAUGGCUCUGGUCAUGGCACUGCUCUACUGCUUGGAUGUCAGCUUCAUAGAGCAGGGGACUGAAGAUAGAGAAGAUCUGCUGCAGGCGCUGCCCCUGCUGACAGAGAAGCAGUAUGUGUCUGCAGUGCACAGUCGUCUGAUGGAUGGCAAACAGUGGAAGCUUCCGGGUCUGCAGGCUGUGUGUCGACUGGCCUGGGCUCUGUCACUCAGGGUCCUUUCCCAACUACCACAGGGCUCAGCCCUGCAUGAUUUCACUGAGGGCGACGAGAAUCUGGCUGACCAGGCUCUACUGGGAGACGUAUUCUUAUUUAUGAAGGAAGGCAUUCUGGGAUGUGAGAGUUUUGCCCAGGAAGAGUUUUUCAUCCGCCGCCUUCAUUCACUCAUCACCGACUUCCUUGCAUUAAUGCCAAUGAAGGUGAAGCAUCUACGUAACCGUGCGGAUGAGGACGCCCGUCUGGUGCACAUGUCCGUACAGAUGGACAGUGAGAUUCAAACGCCAUUGCGCAAGGAUUUAGAGCACCUCAUGACCCUUAUCGGAGAGUUUUACAGUAAGGACCCAUUUGGGUUGGAGCUGGGUCUGGAGUUCUGGUGUCCCACAGAGUCACUCCAACAUACCUCCCUGCAGGGAUCCUAUCUGGGAAUGGCACUGCAAAGGCCUCCACAUAAACAGGUGGUUUUGUCCAAAUUUGUGCGUCAGAUGGGAGACCUUCUGCCCUCCACCCUCUAUAUCUCCUAUCUCCGUAUGCUAAAAGGUCUCGCCAAUGGUCCUCAGUGUGCCCACUACUGCUUCAGCCUGCUUAAAACCAACGGAGCCACACACAGUGACAACAUCCAGGGAGUAUCAGGCAGCCCAGUGUCCUGGGAACACUUUUUUCACUCCCUUAUGCUCUACCAUGAGAACUUGCGAAGAGACCUUCCAAAUCCAGAUGCAGCACAAUACCGCCACCCACCACUUAGAGGCAUCACCCAACGAGAGCUGGAAGGACUCACAUCAUUUUUGCAGUUACUCACUGCCAUCAUUACAUGGAGUGAAAAUGCUCGACUGGCAUUGUGCGAGCAUCCCCAGUGGACCCCAGUUGUAGUGAUGUUGGGGUUGCUACAGUGCAGCGUUCCGCCCGUCCUGAAGGCUGAGCUUCUGCUCUGCCUGGCGGCCUUUGGGAAGUCACCAGAGAUCGCUGCGUCUCUCUGGCAGUCACUGGAGUACACACAGAUCCUUCAGACGGUGCGAGCCCCAGGACAGAGGCAGGCAGCUGGAAUUGAGGUGGAGCUGAAUGAGAUCGAGUCGAGCUGUGAGGAGUACCCUCUGACACGAGGCUUCUGUCAUCUGAUCAGCACGUUGGUGGAGAGCAGUCUGCCUGUUAAUUUGGGUGCAGGGCUACGUGUGCCAGGCUUUCAACCCUACCUGAACUUCCUGCGUGACUCUGUGUUCCUCGCCUUCCCCACGAGAGCGUAUCGUCGCCCAGCUGAGAAGUGGGAGGUAGCUGACUCCGCCCUGGAAGUGUUCCACAAGCUACUUCGAGACUAUGAGCCGCAGCCGUCAGACUUUGUCCAGGAGAUGGUGGAGCUGCAGGGAGAGCAGGUCCAGGCCCACAAGCCCCCCGGGCACAGCAUCAUGUUCCAUCUGCUCAAUGACUCGCCCAUGCUGGCGCUCUGCCUCAGCCUGCUGGAGGAGGGUGUGCGCCAGCUGGACACUUAUGCGCCCUUCCCUGGUAAGAAGCACUUGGAGUCGGCGGUGAUGCACUGCCUGUGCCUACUGGACUUGGCUCUGCAGAAGGAGGUGGUGUUCAUGGAUCUCCUCAGAGAGAGCCAGGCCUCCCUGCUGGUUUCACCACUAGAACAGCUCCUACAGGGGGUCAGUCCUCAAACCCGCAGGGCUGAUCACAUCGUCAAUAUUGCCAGGUAUCUGUAUCACAGCAGCUCCAACCCAGAGGCUGCCUUCCAGAGUGCCAAGAUCCUGCGUCGUAUCGCCAACUACCCCAACAUUCAGAUUAGACUGGUGGGAGAUUUCACACACGACCAGACUGUAAGUGACAAGCUGAUGGCAGGCUUUGUGGAGUGUCUGGACAACGAAGAGGCAGAGGAAGGAACAGAGAAAGGAGAUGACUCAGACCCACAAAAGAAGGUGGCAAGAAUACGACACGAAACCCAGAUCCAUAUCUUAAACCUUCUCAUCACCUCUUUGGAGCUGAAGACGCCCAAUCUGGCUCUGUAUCUCCUGGGCUACGAAGUCAAGAAGCCCGUGUCCUCAACCAACCUCCAGGACCCAGGUGUGUUGGGAUGUCCAAGGAGCUGCCUGCACGCCAUCCUGAGUCUGCUGCAGAGAGGCACUGAGAAGCGAUCAGGACCUGUACUCACACAGCAGGCCCCACAUCUCGCUGAGCUCUGCUACCAGGUGAUCUACCAGCUGUGUGCCUGCUCAGACACAUCUGGACCCACCAUGCGCUAUUUGAGGACCAGCCAGGACUUCCUGUUCUCUCACCUGCAGCACUUACCCUUCAUCCUGCCCAGUAACCAGAUUGCUGCCCUCUCACAGAUGUCUUGGCUCAUGAAAACGGCUGCAAUCGAGCUGAGGGUGACCUCGCUGAACCGCCAGCGUUCACAUACACAACGCCUCGUCAGCCUUCUGCUGGAUGACCAGCCACACACUCAGCAUACAGCUGAUGGGGAAUCAGGAAUGGAGGAAGAGACCAGAUCAGUCAGUGGUUUCCUCCACUUUGACACAGUUUCUAAAGUGCGCAGGAAGUUGCUGAGUGUGCUGGAUGCCAUCGAGUUCAGUCAGGAUAUGCCUGAGCUGCUGCAGCUCGACUUCUUCGAGCGCACUCAGAUAGAGCAGGUGAUCUCCAACUGCGAACAUGUCAACGAGCAAGGACACACUGUGUGCAAUGUUAAGUUGCUUCAUAGAGUGCUGGUUGCUGAGGUGAAUGCGCUGCAAGGAAUGGCAGCCAUUGGACAGAGACCCCUGUUAAUGGAGGAGGUGAAUUCGAUCCUGCAGCAGGUGGUGGAACGUAACCGCGUCCGUCGGAGUCUGAGUGCAAAGCGACAUGCGCUGCAGUCCUGGAGGAGCCUGGUGGAGACGCUUCUGACCGCCUGCCCUGCCGAUCUCAUACCUGCUGAUGACAGACAGCUCAUCAUCAGAGACCUGCUGCUAGACCUGCACGAUAAGGUAUUAUCUGAGGAUGCAGCAGGAGAACUGAUGCCCAUUGUUGCUGGAGCAGUCUUCACUCUGACCGCCCACCUCAGCCAAUCAGUGCUGUCUGAGCAGCAGCAAGGGGUGGGAUUAGAAGCAUCCUCCGGCUUUGCCUCAAUCGCCAAUUCCGCCCUACACCUGAUCCUCCGCAAGCUGCUGGACUUCAUCCUUUGUACUGGAGGUGGAUACCAGCGUCUGCGUGCUCACCUGUAUGGCUCCCUGCUGUACUACCUUCAAAUCGCCCAGAAACCUGACGAACCAGACACUCUACAGACAGCUGGGAAGGCAAUGUGGGAGCGUCUCACAGCUCCUGAAGAUGGCUUCUCCAAGCUGCAGAGAGAGAACCUCGCCAUCAUCGAGAGCUACGGCAAGGCUCUCAUGGAGGUGGUGUGCAGGGAUGCCUGCGACGGCCAUGAAAUUAGCAGGAUGCUAGCCCUGGCAGUGCUGGACCGAAUCCUGUCCAUAGACCGUCAGAAUCAGUGGCUGGUGUACGUCUGCAACAGUGGCUACCUGCGGUCAUUAGUGGAGAGCCUGAGACAGGAUGACACCGCCCUGCAGAGCCUGCUCACACCUCAGCCGCCCCUCCUCAAACCACUCUACAUCUAUGAGAGCAAGAUGGCUCUGCUGACUCGUGUGGCUAAGACGGGCCAGGGAGCCGUGGAGCUGCUGCGCUGUGGCCUGGUGGCACAGCUGAUAGAGUGUCAGGUGUUCGACAUGGUGCCUGACAGCGAUGCACACAGGGUGAUGAGGGACCCAUCUGGCUUCAUCCCCAGCCCUCUGGACCGCUACAGGCAGAUUCUUUUACCAACCCUGAGGCUCUUUCAGGUGAUCCUGACCUCUACCACUAUGAAUCACCAGCAGGGGGCAGCACAGGUCCUUCAGUGGCUGAUAGUCCAUGCAGACACCAUUCAGUCCCUGUUGCGCUGUCAGGAGCUCAGUAAGGGAGCUCUGCAGGAGCUCUCUUUGCUUACUGGCAUCAUUAGUAAGACAGCUCUGCCAGGUGCCCUUGAGAUGGGCGGGGAGGUGAACAGUGCUGCUCUUAUGGAGUUCCAGGGUCACAUCAACAGAUUCCAGCGUCUAUGUCUGUCCCUGCUAGGUCGUCUGGCAGGGAGUGAGCGGGAGAGGUUGCUAAAGCAGGCUGAGAUUGCUGCACCCGGAGACUCAGCAGAGCAACGAGAGGAGAUGGAGGUGGCCAUGCAACAGGUGUGUGCUAACAUCAUGGAGUACUGCCAAACGUUGCUGCUGCAGAGCUCAACCCAGGCCCAGUUCAGCAUCUGCCUCUUCAGCCCGUCUGGCAGUGAGCCAGCUGGCAGGGAUGGAGGCCGCGCAGAUCUCUUAUCCACCCUGCCGUCGAUGGCUUACUCCCGGGCCCCCAGUCUGGGCCUGGUCCUAUACCUGCUGAAGAACAGCGCUGCUGAUUUCUUCCGGUUCCACCAGAGUCACAGACAGAGCCUGGGCAAACUGCAGAGCCUGGAUCAGCUGCCUCCUGAGGAGCUCAAGGAGUUGUGCCAAGGCCUGGUGUCAGGCCCAGGAGGGGUGGAGAAAAUCUCAUCAGUCCAGAGGAGCUUGCUGGCCAAGAGACGACUGGUCCAGCUGAUCAACAACAGAGCCAAGCUGCUGGCCCUGUGCUCCUAUGUUAUCGAGACCUGUUUAUUUGUGUUGUGGCGCCACCUGGAGUACUACCUGUUGCACUGUACCCCCACUGACCCCAAGGACUCCCUGUUGCCUGGAGCCAGUUUAUAUAGAUCACGCCUCACAGACGACUCGUUUGGUGGUUUGCAGUCGAGUGCAAGUCGUGGACUCGGUCUGUCCCGAGUCAGUCAGCAAGACCUAGACCUGCUGAAGAGCGACAUGGCCGCAGGUUUCGGGGAGGCUCUGCAGAGGAAGCUGUUGGAGGUGGAAGGCUUGUACAGCCAAGUCCGCUCCAGGUACACCUUCAUCCAGGCUCUGGUCCGCAGGAUCCGUGGUCUGCUGCGACAACCCAAAAGUUGAGACAGACACAUGCAAAGACUGGCUAACACCCCAAUUCCCUCUUUCUUAUAAAAUCAAAACCUCUGCCACGCGUAAAGACGAGCAACACCUCGAAACUUUCUAAGGACUCCCGACUUUUUGUCAGUUUGCUUUUUCUGACAUCACUCCUUUUUACUCUUCCACUUGUUCUCUUGAGUAUUACGUUAACGCCAUCACAACAUGUGGUGCAUUCUUUAUGACCAAUCCAAAUUAUGCUGACUAACGCCGUACAAGGAGCGUUCCUCACAGAAAUGAGGAAAUGUAACUUGCAGAACACUUAUGGAUUUUUUGUAGUGAAGAGGAAUUUGAUAUUCUUGUUUGGUCUGAUUUCUUUCUUUUUUUUUUUUCUUUCGUGAAAAUAAAUGUUUUCUAAAUCUGUUA